CAAAAAAUAUGCAUUGAUGUUAUGAGUAGCACCUAGUAAUACAGAUGAAUCGCAUAGUUCACGCAUUCACGGAUCACAUGGACGUGGCAGAUGCCGUAGCAACAUUCUAUCAUACGCUUAACAAAAGGGAAACUGCUGCCAAAGUUUCCAUCUAUGCGGCACUGACCCUUGUAUGCGAUGCUCUCAUGGUAUAUCGAGUGUUCGUGGUGUACGAGCACAAGCGUUCCACAAUCGUCGUCCCUUCUUUGCUCUUUCUGGCCGAUAUAGCACUGGCGGUGCAUUACGCAUGGAGUCUGUCGUGGCUUGGGAAGACCCCAUUAAUACAGACCAACCUCUUCUAUGCAGUUACGCUGGCAUUGAAUCUGCUAUGCACAACCAUGAUAGCAUGGAAGGUCUGGGCCAUUCAUAGGAAGGUACAGGUGCGUGCUAUAGCUGGAAUCCGCAUCCAAGGCAUCGUUGCUAUCAUCGUCGAGUCGGCAGCUAUAUAUUCUUGCAUUCUCAUCACACUUAUCGUGAUGAGCGUCCUGGGCUCAAUUGGAUUGUGGAUUAAUAUUAUUCUUGACCCCGUACGUUCAAGGCUCAUCCCGCACCAUCUCUCCUUCCACAUCUGAGUUCUC